AUGCGUACGCGCUCGAGCACCGGCUUCAACACUAUCCCCGAGAACGUCGCGGCCGUCGUCUUCUCGCACCUCGGGAAGGACCCGAAGGAUCGCAUCCGCCUCGCCGCGGUGAGCAAGGUGUGGAGGAGCGCGGAGAAGUCGGACGCGUCGUUGCCUGGAACUCCGAGGGCGUUGUGCGAGUUCGGUAAGGAGUUUAACUCAGCUGUCGACGCGUCUGAGCACUGGAAGGCGUUCUACUGGUUCGAGAAGUCGGCCGAUCACGGCGACCCUGAGGGCAUGUUCUGGUUCGGCAAGUGGUACUUAUACGGAGGCUGCACGGGGGGCUCCGUCACGGAAGAAAACUACACGAAGGCGGUGCACUGGUUCAAAAGGGCGUCCGAGCUGGGGCACGCCGAAGCGACCAGAAUGGUCGCUUUGUGCUACGAGGACGGCCACGGCGUGGAGCGAGACUUCGCGAAGGCGAUCGAGUGGAACGUGAAAGCGGCGGAGUUGGGUUGGGGAUUUUCCGCGUGGUGGCUCGGGAGCGCCCACCUCUACGGCCAGCACGGCUUGACGGAGAACAACAACGAGGCGCUGAAGUGGUAUCGACUCGCCGUGGAGCUCGGCGACGCGGACACUCGCCAACAUUGGUGGGAAAUGUCGCGAAUGUGGGUAAACGAUCUCGAGGCCGAGCUCGCGGCGGCGUGA